AACCUGCCUUCCCUUAUGACCAAUUAUGUUUUCCACUGUAACGUCUGCCAUCAUAGUGGAAACACAUACUUCUUAAGGAAACAAGCAAAUCUGAAGGAGAUGUGCCUCACUGCUCUAGCUAAUCUGACUUGGCGAUCAAAGGCACAGGAUGAGCACCCCAAGACCAUGUUCUCUAAAGACAAGGACAUUAUACCCUUCAUCGAUAAGUAUUGGGAAUGCAUGACAACUCGACAGAGACCAGGGAAGCUGACCUGGCCCAAUAACAUUGUUAAGACCAUGAGUAAAGAGCGGGAUGUUUUCCUGGUGAAAGAGCAUCCUGAUCCUGGGAGUAAAGACCCUGAGGAGGACUACCCUAAGUUUGGACUGGUGGAUCAGGAUCUGGCCAACAUUGGACCUUCUUAUGACAACCAAAAGCAGACAACCGCCGUCACAUCUGCUGGAGGACUGAAUGGUGGAUCGUCAUUUUCAGGUGGCCUGGCCCCGGGGGGGACAGGGAAGGGCAGAGGUGCCAAGCGAAAGCAGCAGCAGCAGCAGGAUGGUACGUCAGCUGGCACCGCCAAGAGGACCCGCAGCGACCCGCUGUUCUCAGCUCAGCGCCUGCCCCCCCACGGCUACCCGCUGGAGCACCCGUUCAACAAGGACGGGUACCGUUACAUCCUGGCCGAGCCCGACCCCCACGCGCCCGACCCAGAGAAACUGGAGCUUGACUGCUGGGCCGGGAAGCCCAUCCCUGGAGAUCUGUACAGGGCCUGUCUGUAUGAACGGGUCCUGCUUGCCCUCCAUGACAGGGCGCCGCAGCUGAAGAUUUCGGACGACCGCCUGACGGUGACGGGAGAGAAGGGCUACUCCAUGGUGCGGGCAUCUCACGGGGUCAGAAAGGGGUCGUGGUAUUUUGAGGUGACAGUGGACGAGAUGCCGCCAGACACCGCUGCGCGGCUGGGCUGGUCGCAACCUUUAGGUAACUUGCAAGCCCCGCUCGGCUACGAUAAAUUCAGCUAUUCCUGGCGCAGUAAGAAGGGAACUCGUUUCCAUCAGUCCAUUGGAAAACACUAUUCUGACGGCUACGGUCAGGGAGACGUCCUCGGGUUCUUCAUAGAACUGCCCGACGGCACAGAGACGGCCAGAGCCUUGCCCGACACCUACAAGGACAAGGCUCUGAUCAAGUUCAAGAGCUACCUGUAUUUUGAAGAGAAAGAUUAUGUUGACAAGGCAGAGAAGAGCCUGAAGCCCACCAGUACCAGUCGAAUGGUGUUCUUUAAGAAUGGAGUGAGCCAAGGCGUGGCCUUUGAGAAUCUGUUUGAAGGCAUUUACUUCCCUGCCAUAUCCCUCUACAAAAGCUGCACGGUGUCUGUUAAUUUCGGACCAAACUUUAAAUAUCCUCCAAAGGACAUCAAGUACCAGCCAAUGAGCGAUAUGGGCUGGGGAGCUGUCAUUGAACACACGCUCGCAGACAUGCUGUACCACGUGGAGACCGAGGUGGACGGCCGGCGCAGCCCUCCGUGGGAGGGUUAACUCCUCCCACCGCUAAACCCCACCCCCACCCCUCCCCCCCCCUCCCAAGAGGAAGAGUCCCAGUGAU